AAAAUAAUAUAAAUUAGAAGAAGAGUAAAAAUAUAAUAUAUAGUAUACUGUGAAGUUAUAUUUUAUACAUUUUUCCAAUAUUGUACAAUUUAUUAAAAUAGGCACAGUAUUUUUUUUUCUUUGGUAAUUAUUACUUAACAAAACACUUCAUUCACAACGUAGUAACGUAUUAUAAUAAAUAAUAGCACACAUUAUGAUACGUGUGCGUGUACGGUGUACCUGCAGCGCAUGUAUAUAGGCACUUUUAUCUGAAAAUGUACCGCAGAUUUAUUUUAGGAGUAUUGCACAUUAUGAUUUCAAGGUUAACUUGUUAAAUGUAAUGUUAUUUAUUCGCAAUCUAAAUCUAAUGUAAAAUAGACAAUUAAAAAUAUUUCCAUUUGUAUAUGAGUAGGUACAAUAUUAUUAAAAUGUCUUAAGUUAUUUUAAUUUCGUCAAAUAUAUAAAUAGAAUAGGUAUAAGAAUUCUUUCUUUCUUUUUUAAAAUACUAUUUUGAAUAGAUAUUACUUAUUAGUUAUUACAUUUGUGAUUUUUGGGAAGGAAACAUCAAGAAUAUUAAAAAUUAUAAUUUUAUCACAGAUUUUAGUUUUAUUUGUACAUCUCCACUGCAGGCCACUGGGAUAUAUUAAUUGGAAUACGGACAUCCGGCCGAAUCCAAACGGCCGACGGCUAUAUAGGCCGACAGUCAGAUAGCCGAAACUAUUUUAGCCGACAAGGUCAAAAGGCCGACACUACGAAAAGCCGACACUAAAAUAAAUUAAGUAUAAGCUAUACAUUUUCAAUUCGAUAACGUAGUGUUGUCUUUUGUUGUAAUAAUGUUAUCGAUAACUUAUCGAAAUUUAACGAUACCUAAUACCUAUAGCCUGUAAUCUACAGUGGGUAUUGCUAUUGCAUGUUCAUAAAUACUGUUUCAGUUGAUUCGUAACCACGCCGCGUCUUUGCAUUCAUUUUUGUGUCGUUGUUUAAUUUAAUUUAUGUAUUUGCAUUAAAUAAUUAUGGAAUAUAAAAUUGAAAUUUUUGGUACAAAAUUAUUAAUUGACAAUUUUAUCAUGAUUAAAAACAAAAACCGUAACAAUAAAUAUUAUUGGGAAUGUGAAAAGAGGAAACAUACUAAACGGCAUAAUAGUAAUAAUGAAUAUUGUAAUGCAAGAGCAGUAACAAUUCUUGUUGAUGGUAAUCAUAUUGUUAAAGAUAAUUCUUUUUUAAAUCACAACCAUGGGCCUGACCCAUGCCGAUUGUUGGUAAAGAAAAACAUAAAAUAUAUUGUUUCAAAAGCUCUGUCUUCGAGAGAUAAACCUUCGCAAAUAAUACAGGAAGCAACGAGUCGCAUCCCCGUCAAUUCUCAGCCAUACAUGCCAUCAGUUGAAGCAACGCGAAAAAUUAUUUCACGGUGUAGAAAACAUCAGAAUCCACCAGAACCAACAAGUCUUUCACAAAUAGAUAUUCCUCUUAACUUAUGUAAGUCUUUUAAUGGUCAAACAUUUUUACUAAAAGAAAGUACUAUUGAGAGUCACAAAAUAUAUAUUUUUUCUACUAAAGAUGAAAUAUCAAAACUUGUCAAUGCCAAUUAUUGGGUUAUGGAUGGUACAUUUAAAACUGUGCCAAGUAUAUUUUUACAAAUGUACACCAUACAUGCACCUGUUGGUGGAAAUAAUUCUAGAAUUUUGCCAUUAGUAUAUGUUUUAAUGACCAGUAAACAACAAUGUUGUUACGAACGUUUAUUCGAAGACCUAAUAUCAAUUUGUGAUGAUUUCGGUUUCGAUGUUUCACCAAAAUGUAUUAUAACAGAUUUCGAAAAAGCUGCAAUUAAUGCAGCUAAUAAAGUAUUUCCAGAAUGCCAACAAAAAGGGUGUUUUUUUUCAUUUAGGCCAAAAUAUUUGGCGAAAAAUCCAGUCUAGUGGAUUGGCUACUAAAUAUGGAGAAAAUGAAGAAUUUAGUUUACAACUUCGAUGUAUGUGGUCACUUGCAUUUUUACACCCAUCAGAUAUACCUAAUGCUUUUGAUCAAUUGAAAGAUUCAUUACCCUAUGACAUUCAAAAUUACUUUGAAGAAAAUUACGUGCAUGGAAAAGUACGAAGGAAAUUUAGAAAUGGAAUAGUAUCUCGAUAUGAGCCAUUGUUUCCACCAUCAUUUUGGUCAAUACAUUUCAAUCAUGAAAACAAUAUUCCAAGGACACAAAACAAAGUCGAAGCAUGGCACAAAAGAUGGAAAGUAUUAGUAGGAGCUGAUCACGUUGGGGUGUAUCGUAUAAUUGAGGAAAUGAGAAAAGAGCAACAACACGUUGUGGGGCAAAUUCAAAUUAUUUUAUCCGGACAAGCAAGGCCAAAACAAAGUUCAAAGUACGUAAAACGUCAAAACCAAAUUCAAACUAUUCUAAAUGAUAAAGAAAACAGAACAACCCUCGAGACAAUAAGAGGUAUUGCAUACAAUUUGCACUAUUAAUUUUUAUUUAUUAACAUUUAACUAUAUAACAUAAUUAUCAAUUAUAAUUUUAUAAACUAUUAGUAUUUUUUAUUUUUUAUGUAUAAAUAUCAAAUUUUUUAAUUUUUAAAACAUAUUAGGAAUAUAAAAUGUACUCAAUAAUAAUUUAUUAGUAUUUUUUAUUUUUAUGUAUAAAUAUCAAAUUUUUUAAUUUUUAAAACAUAUUAGGAAUAUAAAAUGUACUUAUAAUUAUUAACAAUACACUAAAUUUUAUUUUUAAGAAUAAGUAUCACCUAUAUAUAUAUAUCUGUGUGUGUGCAUAAUUUACCUAUCUCAACAUAAAAUUACUUAAUCGGCCAUUUAAUAUGUCGGCCUAAUGCGUGUCGGCCUAUAAAUUUGUCGGCCAUUUAGUAUGUCGGCCUAUUGCGUGUCAGCCAAAUGUCUGUCGACCAAAUGUCUGUCGGCCGA